CCAGCAGUCAGAGUGCAGUAUACCAGCAGUCACUGCAUCCAAAAUACCACUGUUGACUGCAGUUAAAUGCAUUUUUACUGCAGUUUCACAACUGCAAUCUUCUUUUUUUGUAAGGAAUACCACUAAACUAACAGAUUACAGCCAGAAAUCUAAACUGGAAAAGGUCUUGCACAGUAGGCCAUUCAUUUGAUUUUUUUUUUACUUCAUCAAGCACAUGCAGAUAUGUGCCAUAUGCUAUUCCCUUCCCCCUUCAUUAACAGACACCAAUAGUGGAAAUCGGCCCUUACCUUCAUGCAUACAGAAUCACACUAAACCUAGGAAAAGUUAGAAUUGUCCUAUAGAUGAAGUGACAGCUGGAUAGUUUUUGUCACAAGCUAUGCAAAUUGUGUGUCUAAAGCUUUGAUACAAACAAGACUACACAACAUAGCCAGAGGACAAAUCGGGUUGCUCAUGUUUUUUUCCCCAUCUAUUAACAGGCAUGUUCAUUGCUGAGGAGACUGUGAGAUGGAAUAUAUUAGUGAGUGUCAUUCACCAUGGCAAACUACUGUACUACUAGGGCAUUUCCAUAGCAUCUGAGCAGAGGAUGAACCUGAGGAAAGGCAGCAAGGUGGCAGGGGACUGUGACAGCCUCCAGAUGGAGAGCAAGACACCUGAGCAGACGCAUAACAUCGGGCAGAAGAAUGGAGAGAUCAUGGACUCUGAAGAGGUGGAGAAUGGCAAGUCUGAACCCAUAGUUCCUGUGGCCAUGGAUGGGUCCGUCACUGCACCUGAUGGGGGUUGGUGUUGGGUGGUGUUGGUGUCCACCAUCCUGGUGCAAGCCCUGACUUUGGGCUUCUCCUCCUGCAUAGGCAUUUUCUACACGGACAUACAGACAGAGUUCCAGGCCAGCAACCAAGAGACUUCCUGGGUGCCUUCAAUAAUGACAUCAGUGCAUCAUGCUGGAGAGUUGUGCUUGGGGUCCCAUCUGGUGCAAAAGGCCCUGCACAAACCACCAGUUUGUUGA